AUGGCUUUUUUUGGAGUUUUGAAAGAUAAAGCUAUUAGCACCUUCAAUGAGGUGAUCUUAGAUAAAAAGGUUGGAGGGGAUGGGUUGACCAAAGAGCAGAAGUUUUGUCAAAAGUUUCAGCUUCCAGAAGAGGAGAGAAUAGUUCAAGAAUCCAACGUUGUGAUCCUCUACAAUUCAGAUCAUUCAGAACCUAAUAAUAACAAGUUUAAGGGACCACACAGAUACAACAGUUUCGAAGACGAUGAGCAUGAAAUUCAUUUCCAGGGUAGAUUGUAUCUCACUCAACAUUUUUUAAUCUUUAGAGAUAGUCACGAUUACCGAGAUUGUUCUUUCACAUUGCAACUAUCGACAAUCAAGAAAGUGGAAAGAGAAACGGCUUCGUUUGAUUACAAUUUUGUAUUGUCGUUGACUACUGUUAGCAAAUUGCACAUCAAGUUAUACUUUAGUGGUGGUAUCAGAUCCGAUAACGAAAGAUUUGCUCAAUGUUUGUCAAUGACCUUGAAAAAGAAUCAAUCAAAUAUUAAGAAAUUGAAGCCAUUUAUACAAACUUGUUAUUCUGAAUACCUUUUAUCAAAAAACAAGGUGUCACAUGAGGUUUUUGAACAUACACCUCCGGGUGGGUUGGGCUUAGUAUUUAAAUUUCCUGGUAAUGUUAAAGAGUCUAAGGACAAGGUCAAGUUGAAACUAUGGUUUGAUCUUUUCAAGGAAAACGGACGAAAUCUUUCUUUGAUUAAAACACCAAUGUUUUAUAAGUUGAUUAGAGUCGGUUUACCAAAUAGAUUGAGGGGAGAAAUUUGGGAAUUGUGUUGUGGAUCGAUGUAUUUGCGAUUAGACCAUCAAAACGAAUAUGAGAAGUUGUUACUCGAUAACAAAGAUAAGAUGUCACUUGCCAUUGAAGAAAUUCAAAAGGACUUGAAUAGAUCUCUUCCAGAAUAUGCUGCCUACCAGAGUCCCGAGGGUAUUGAGAGUUUGAGGAAAGUUUUGACUGCUUUUUCAUGGAAAAAUCCAGAAGUUGGUUAUUGUCAAGCAAUGAAUAUUGUUGUUGCAGCUUUGUUGAUAUACAUGUCGGAAGAGCAAGCUUUCUGGACGUUAAAUGUUUUGUGUGAUAGAAUCGUACCUGGGUACUACUCCAAGACGAUGUAUGGUACUUUGCUCGACCAGAGAGUCUUUGAGUCUUUGGUUCAAACCACAAUGCCAAUACUUUGGGAUCACAUUUGUAAGAAUGACAUUCAAUUAUCAGUGGUUUCGUUGCCAUGGUUUUUGUCGUUGUAUUUGUCAUCCAUGCCUUUGGUGUUUGCAUUUAGAAUAUUAGACAUUUUUUUCAUGCAAGGACCCAAAACGUUGUUUCAAGUGGCGUUGGCCAUUUUAAAGAUCAAUGGUGAGGAGUUGUUGAAGACCGAAGACGAUGGUACAUUCAUCUCCAUAAUUAAGGAGUACUUUCUUAGUUUGGAUAGUUCUGCACACCCAAACUCACCACAAUUAAAGUACAGGAAUAUUACGAAGUUCCAAGAUUUGCUUUUGGUGUCAUUUAAAGAGUUUUCCAACAUUGAUGACGAAACAAUCCAACUGCACAGGGAAAAACAUAGAGAUACGAUUUAUCAAAACAUUUCCACUUUUGUUAAGCGUACGGAAAUUAGACAUUUACCAAAAACGCCAAAUAUUACACAGAGUACUCUUGACAUACUCUACGAUAGGUUCUAUUCACAGGUUGAGGUUUCAAAUAUUACUAAAGGAUCCGGGUCAAGUACAAUCGAUUUCAAAUCAUUCGUGAAGUUCUUGUCUGAGGUUUGUGAUUGGGUACAUUUUGAUGAAAAUGAGGUUGAAACAAUUUCCCAUGACCAUUUCUUGCGAAGAUUAUUCCAAAAUUGGGAUUCUGAAAAUCAAAAUGUUUUAUCAUUUGCUGACUUGUUGGUUGGGCUAAACUCAUUAGUUGAAUCGGAUCUUAUGACGGCAAUGUCUAAUUUUUUCAAACUUUAUGAUGUCAAGCAUAAUAAUAAAAUUGAUCGAGAAGGAAUUUUACGAAUUUCAGAAGACCUUUUGUACAUCACAUCGCCUUGGAAAGAAGGGUAUUUGUUGGACGAAAUUACCCGCACUGCGGUUGAAAAUGAGGUUGCUGAGGCAGUAUUGAAAAAGCAAAUGGAAUCCGAGAAAGGUGCUGGAAGCGAGGAGAAGGAGAAGAAUCAUGACCAAAACGGAGCAAUCGACUUGCCAGCUCAUAUUGAAGUGAACAAGGAAAAGCUUGCAGCAGAACAAACUGAAAGAUACUUACAAGCCGCAAGCACAUUCAUCAAUCGUGCCUUUGAAUACGCCCAACCUGAAGAGGAGGAGCUACUUAUAAAAGAUCUUGCCAUAGAUGAAAAGCUUAAACACAAUGUUGCAUUGGACCCUACACACCCAGUCUAUCUCAAUUUGGCCACAUUUCGAAUGGUGAUUUUGGCGGAUGAGACUUAUGAAUUGCUUUUUAGCUCGACUUUUAGGGAUUCCAUUCACUUGGACAGACCAUUGGAUUUGAAGUUUGAUCCAAUGAGGAAUAUUAGAGAUAUGUUUGAUGGUCUAUUGGCAGAUGGAAAGAAAGUUGCCAAUAAGGUAAGAUUGAGAAUGGACUCAAGGGCAUCACAACAAAGCCAAGAAGGAUCAAGUUCGUCAUCCCUCAGGUCUAACAGGACUAGGACAUCUACACUCGCUACUUCUCGUGAUGAAGAAGAGGAGGAAAGAGAUGAUGAUUUUGGUGUGAUAUCGAUUGAUGAAAAGGACAAAGACAUGCUUUUAGCUACUGAAGCACAAUCGUUGGGUGACGAUGUACAAAAGCGACCCGAUAUCAAAAAACAAUUGAAGAAAUUCCACGACACGGAUAAGGAUUCUGGAGUGAAGCUUGCUGAUGCAUCUUCGACCGAAAAUGGUAAAGAGAACUUGAUAGAGUUUGAAACUUGA